GAACAGCAGGGAGCCAGUGUGCUUAGGGAGAGGGAAGGGUUUUGAGGACCGGUGUAAAAAGUUGGAUUCCAUUCUAGACGCCAGCGGCGGCAUUGGAAUGGUGGUGCACGGUGCGCAGACAGCACACCUCCCCGGGGAUGGGAUGGGCCCUUUUCGCCACCGCCUCUGUGACAUCACUGGACUGUGACGUCACGGCAGAAAGCUCGUGCCCCACUAGCCCCGCGCCCCGCGUCGCAGUAACAUCGUCGCAGUAACAUCGCCGCGAGUCCCUGGGCAGCCAGGCCAUGAAAUUUUAGGAGGCCAUGCGGAAGCGCGACAUCGUCCUCACCAAUGUCACCGUGGUCCAGCUGCUACGACAGCCAUGCCCCGUAACCAGACCACCACCGCCGCCGCCACCACCCAAAGUUGAGCCAGAGCCAGAGCCAGAGCCAGAGCCAGUGGUAGAGCCAGACCCAGAACCAGAGCCAGAGCCUAUCAAGGAGGAAGCCCCACCUCCUCCACCUCCACCACCUCCUCCACCUCCUCCUCCACCUCAGAAAGUUCCUGUGGUUCGGGAACUGACUGUUGGCAUCAAUGGAUUUGGACGUAUCGGUCGCCUGGUGCUGCGAGCCUGCAUGCAGAAAGGCGUUAAGGUGGUGGCAGUGAAUGAUCCAUUCAUUGACCCGGAAUACAUGGUGUACAUGUUUAAGUAUGACUCCACUCAUGGCCGAUACAAGGGGACUGUGGAAUACAAGAAUGGACGGCUGGUUGUGGAUAAACAGGAGAUCAGUGUCUUCCAGUGCAAGCAGCCCAAAGAGAUCCCCUGGAAGUCUGUCGGAAGCCCCUUUGUAGUGGAGUCCACAGGAGUGUACCUGUCCCAAGAGGAAGCUUCCAGCCACAUCCAGGCGGGUGCCUUACGUGUGGUCAUCAGCGCACCCUCACCAGAUGCACCCAUGUUUGUCAUGGGGGUGAAUGAAAAGGACUAUAAUCCUGAUUCCAUGAAAGUUGUCAGCAAUGCAUCCUGCACCACCAACUGCCUGGCCCCCCUUGCCAAGGUCGUCCAUGAGCGAUUCGGGAUUGUGGAAGGACUGAUGACCACAGUCCAUUCCUACACGGCCACCCAGAAGACAGUGGAUGGGCCAUCAAAGAAGGCCUGGCGAGACGGACGAGGAGCUCACCAGAACAUCAUCCCAGCCUCUACAGGGGCUGCCAAGGCCGUGGGCAAAGUCAUCCCAGACCUCAAAGGGAAGCUGACAGGAAUGGCGUUCCGGGUACCAACCCCAGACGUGUCUGUCGUGGACCUGACCUGCCGCCUAGCCCGGCCUACCACAUACUCGGCCAUCAAGGAUGCCGUAAAAGCGGCAGCCAAGGGGCCAAUGGCUGGCAUACUUGCCUACACGGAGGACGAGGUUGUCUCUACGGACUUUAUCGGCGACACCCACUCGUCCGUCUUCGAUGCUAAAGCCGGCAUCGCGCUCAACGACAACUUCGUGAAGCUCAUUUCCUGGUACGACAAUGAAUACGGUUACAGUCACCGGGUGGUGGACCUCCUCCGGUACAUGUUCAGCCGAGACAAGUGAAGCGCGACAGCCCCUCCACUCCCCCGUGCUCCCUGCCCAGAACCUCACCUCCCGCGGGCCGCCGGUGAAAUAAACACAGCGUGCUCACA